CAGUGACAGCGAUGGUCCUCAUGAGCAGGAGAUUGUCGAGUUUGAGCUCAUUGGGAACAGGCAUCCGAACCAUGACAUGAAUACAAUGGUCGAGCUGACAUCCUUCCAAUCCAUUGGUCGAAUGCAGCCUUUUACCGUGACCAUGUCUUCAUCGGCAAUGGCUAUGAUAGACAUUCAUGCCCACCUGACUACUUCUGAGGUAGUUGGCUACCUGGCUGGACAGUGGGAUGUCACUAACCAUAAUUUGAUUGUUUCUCAUGCCAUGCCAGUCAGAUGUCGUCUGGGUGAUGGGGAAAAGGGUCGUGCAGUGGAGCAAGCGCUGUAUGCAGAAAUGGAGAAAUUGAAUCUCUCAUUAGUUGGAUGGUAGGUAGCUUCAGG